AUGUCCGCCGGCUCUUUGGUUGGCUCUCUCCUAGCUGGAUGGCUCGCUGAUCGUCUGGGACGCCGUUUAGCUAUACAAAUCGCCUCUGUGGACUGGAUUGUCGGAGCGGUGCUGCAGUGCUCUUCCCAGAAUGUUGCACAUCUCGUCGUUGGUCGCAUCGUCUCCGGACUUGCGAUUGGCAUUACGUCCUCCCAAUGCAUUGUCUACCUAUCUGAACUUGCACCUUCUCGCAUCCGUGGCCGAGUCGUUGGUAUACAGCAGUGGUCCAUUGACUGGGGCAUCUUGAUCAUGUACCUGAUCUCGUACGGCUGCUCGGUUUCAAUUCAUCGACCGGCGGCAUUCCGUAUUGCUUGGGGCUUGCAGGCUGUUCCCGGAGCUGUCCUGUUCUUCUCGCUCUUCUUCUUCCCUGAAUCACCACGUUGGCUCGCAACCAAAGAUCGCUGGGAGGAAUGCCACGAAGUGCUUGCCAACCUGCAUGCCAAAGGCGAUCGAAACAAUAUCGAGGUGUUGGCCGAGCUGGAAGAAGUCAGAGAAGCAGCGAGGAUCGCCGCGGAGUCAAAGGAGAUCGGCUACCUGGGACUGUUCGCUCCCAAGAUGUGGAAACGUACACUUGUCGGCGUCAGUGCACAGAUUUGGCAGCAACUCCUCGGUGGUAAUGUGAUGCUUUACUACCUUGUCUACAUCUUCAACAUGGCUGGCAUGUCCGGAAAUACCGCGCUCACGUCUUCAAUUAUCCAAUAUGUCAUCUUUCUCGUCACGACUGGAGGAGUUCUCUUUGUCGUUGAUCGCAUUGGUCGCCGGUGGUUGCUUAUUGUUGGGGCCAUCAUUUGCGGCGUCAUCCAUUUCAUCGUCGGUGCCGUCAUGGCAGUCUACGGGCACCACGUCGACAGUGUGGAUGGAAACGAUAUUCUGAGGUGGCAGAUUGGUGGCCCUCCUGCCAAGGCCAUCAUUGCGCUUUGUUACAUCUUUGUUGGAGUCUAUGGAGUCACAUGGGCCCCCGGUGCAUGGAUUUACUGCGGAGAAGUCUUCCCCUUGAAGUACCGAGCCAAGGGCGUUGGCCUGGCUGCUGCAGGCAAUUGGGCUUUCAACCUCGCCUUGGCCUUUUUUGUCCCCCCAGCUUUUACGAACAUCCAGUGGAAAGCGUACAUGAUUUUCGGGACAUUCUGCAUUGCCAUGGUGUUCCAUAUCUACUUCAUGUACCCCGAAACGGUGAAGAAGUCACUCGAAGAGAUUGACGUGCUAUUCGAAGGAGAUAUUCCCGCAUGGCGCAGCGCGAGUGCCGUGAGCACAUUUGAUGAGAAAGUAGCGCGAGCAAAGGAAGCGGGAGGCUUGGAAGAGUUUUCAAAACAAGCCGACAUCAAGCACGAAGAAAAGGUCUAA